AUGCAGAAAAGCAUCCCAGCAUAUGGGCCCCGAAAUGGCAGUCAUCCGCGAACAUUCAUUACGUUGCUUUUCGGCACCGUAUUGGGCUUCAUGUUUGCUACGUUCAUUUCAUCCACAACGAUGCGACAACCGUGGAUGCCGGAAAGCUAUCGUCAACGGGAACCACCGUCGAUCGUAAGUGAUCCACACACGGGCAAUGAGUUGCGGGAAGCAGCCGGUCCGGAACAAGAUGUCGGACAGCAUGCAGCCCACGAAGAAGCCCAUGCACAUGAGAAUGCUUCGCUGGCGCACCAGUUACAGCAAGAGGUGCGCGUCCUUUGUUGGGUGAUGACCAAUCCGAAAAAUCACAAAACGAAAGCAUUACACGUGAAACGCACGUGGGCUGGUCGAUGUAAUAAGGUGCUUUUCAUGAGUUCGGUUGAAGAUCCCCUUAUAGACUCUAUUGCACUGGCCGUGGGUGAAGGUCGGAAUAAUCUAUGGGCGAAAACGAAAGAAGCAUUUAAGUACAUCUAUCAGCAUCACCUGGAUGAUGCGGAUUGGUUCAUGAAGGCAGACGAUGAUACCUACGUGGUCGUGGAAAAUUUGCGGUACAUGCUUUAUUCGUACUCUCCAAGUCAUCCAAUUUAUUUUGGGUGCCGGUUUAAGCCCUUCGUGAAGCAAGGUUAUAUGUCCGGCGGUGCAGGCUAUGUGUUGAGCAAAGAAGCAGUAAAGCGCUUUGUCGAGGAUGCCAUCCCUAAUCCCGUCUGUCGACAGGGCGAUGACGGCGCCGAAGACGUCGAGAUGGGUAAGUGCAUGGAGGCGGUUAAAGUGCUGGCAGGUGAUUCUAGAGACUCGGUUGGGCGAGGAAGAUUUUUUCCAUUCGUGCCUGAGCAUCAUCUUAUCCCGAAUCACGUGGACAAAGACUUUUGGUAUCUAAAGUACACCUACUAUAAACCGGAUGAGGGUCUGGAAUGCUGUUCAGAUAAUGCCAUCUCCUUUCACUACGUGUCCCCUAAUCAAAUGUACGUGCUAGAUUAUCUGAUUUAUCAUCUACGGCCGUAUGGCAUUGUUGGCCACUCUCAACCACUACCAAAGAAGUACAGCCUUGGUGACAUUGUGCGGGUAGAUGAUUUAGGAAAGACAACCCCUAAAUCAUCAAACCAGCAGCAGCGUCGGAAUAAACACAAUAAUCCUCGUGGGCAGGUAGAAAAUGAAAUCCAGAAGGACGUUACGUAUAGUGAUAUUGAUGCUAAAGAACCAAAUACCUAA